AUGGUGGCCACCUCAAAGAGGUCUGCAGCCUCUACUCAAUCUUGCACCACUGCGCCUCGUCUUGCUUCGUCUUGCUCUUCAGCUUCCGUCGCUUCAACACCAGAACCAGCAGCAUCUACGCUACCUGAUCCAAAGACCCACCUUUCAUCCUACCUUGAAAAGCUGCAGUCGGCCCUGCAACCACUCACGCGCAAUGCAGCCGCUAUCCCCAACCACGGUGACCUUGCCUUUCAUCGAAGUAUGGAUCGCAAGCUCGCCAAAAAGCUCGACAGCGAGUCAGAUCGAGUGCUCCACUCUAUCUCACAGCUUGUAGGCUGGAUCGCCUCAGAUCCACGUGCCCCCACGAUCCCUCUCGCAAAUCGAGCCGCUUCCAGCUCCAACUCGAGCUCCCAUUCGACUAACAGCCGCAACCCCAGUGUCGACGUCAACUUGCACCUUGCAGAUGUUACCACCAACCAAAGCUUUGCGUCCAACCUCGGAGAGCUCGUGGAUCAUCUUCUGGAAAGUGCCGACACAUGUCUCGACGAGUACACGGGCAAGCUUGCGCCACGCAAACUUGGAUCAGCAGCAGAAGAGAAUGCAGCCAGUGGCAACGCAGCUGGAGAAAUCGGUACAUCUAGUCGAUUGCAAGCCAUGACAGCCGUACAGAAUGGCAAAGCGUUACCCAAGACCGGGAAUCUUCCAUCUUGGGUCUUGAAUGCGCCCAUCUCGCCACCGCAGAGACAUUUCACCAGGAAACCGGAUAACUCAGCAGAUUCCAUCUGGCUGCCCCACUUGAAGUAUGGAAAGCCCAACGCAAAAGUUGCUCUUGGACACGUGCACCCGCCUCGCUUCAACGCGGAUGGUACACCUAUCCCGCGCGGUCCAAGAAGAGGCAUGUACUGCGCCGAAGGUGAUCCGCUCGAUAAUCCUUACCAUCACGAGAUCAUGCACGCAGACCCGCCAUCACAUGCUCUCUCCAAACCCGACCCAGUCGCAAAAGACAAUCCACCUCCCGCUCUCAAUGAGAAAGACCCUUGGCUGUCAACAGACGCAUGUCCCUUCCAAUGGGUCUCGACCAAACAGCAGAUCGAACAGCUUCGCGAUCAUCUCGAUGAGCCACGCGUCAACGAGAUUGCCAUCGAUCUCGAACACCACUCGUACCGCACCUAUCAGGGAAUUGUUUGCUUGAUGCAGCUAUCCACCCGUUGGGGUGACUGGAUCAUUGACACUCUGUCCGACGACGUACGUCAGCAUGCCGAGCUUCUCAACUCGUCCUUCACCAACCCGGACAAGGUGAAAGUGCUCCACGGUGCCAACCACGACGUUCUCUGGCUGCAACGCGAUCUCGGACUGUACCUUGUCAACCUGUUCGAUACGUACCACGCCACCAACGUACUCAUGUUCCCCAGUCACGGUCUCAACUAUCUCAUGGCGAGGUACUGCAACUUUGACGCGGACAAACGAUACCAGCUGGCAGAUUGGAGGAUUCGUCCUCUCCCCAAAGAGAUGCUCUACUAUGCACGCAGCGAUACGCACACGUUGCUGUUCAUCUACGACAAUCUGCGUCACGAGCUCAUGGAAGCUGGAGGAAUCGAUGCGAUCCGACAAGUUUUCAUCCGGAGCAAACAGGUCGCCACGGCAACGUAUGCUAAGGAACAGUGGGAUACCGACGGUGAGACCAGAGAAGGCUGGCGUACCGUAUGGCGCAAGUGGGGUGGUGAGGCUGCGUUGGGUACCGAGCACAGAAAAGAGGUGAGUCAGAUGAAGAAGGAGGAGCGUCUGGUGAGGGCAUUGCAUAGAUGGAGAGAUACCGUGGCCAGGGAGGAGGAUGAAUCGCCCAGGUACAUCUUGGGUGCCAACAACCUGAUGAUGCUCGCUGCGCGCGCACCUACCACAAAACAAGGUGUGCUGGCAUGUAUCCCACCCAACGCUACCGGCUUGAAAAAGAGGAUUGAUGAGCUUGCCAGCUUGAUCAUGGCUGAGGUUGCGGAUUGGCAGAAGGAUCAGCAAGCACGCCGCGACGAGAGCAAGCAGAGGUUGUCCGCUGCUUUGCUCAAUAGCGACAACAAGCAUGGCGAGCUCGACCAAGAGAUGGACGCGGGAGAGGCUAUUCGGCGAGAUGCCGUUGUUAAGCCAGUUACCAACCAGCAAGAUACGACCAAGACGAGCAACGUUGGAACUCUGCCGAGCAUCUCGGCAUGGAGCCGUGUCACAGGUGCCGAUGAACAGGUCGACGUCUCGGUCUGGUCGGAUGCUACCACCACUGGGGGAUCUGCAUCGGACCGGCGUGCUGUAGCGAGUCGCUUUGGUGGCGCCGUCAGAUCGUUGGCAUCCAACCUGUUUGGUCGAUCUAACGCGUCUGCCACUCGCGCUGCUGCCGCGGUCUCGCACUCGAACCUAAGCUCGAGCUCUUCGAAACUGUUUGGCACGUCUGCGCCGUUGAUCCGAGAUCGAGAUACGUGUUCAACGGCGCAAGUUGACUCGGUCAAGGCAGGUUUCAUUGGUCAAGUCGAGGUGUUUCUUGGCAAUCCGGUUUCGUCUGUGCCUGAGCGCGGCGAUAUCAUGAUGCAACCCGACAGCGUGGCGUUUGUACCGUCGGGCGAUCGCGCGACAUGCACUGCACGCGUCAACGCUUUCUGCUCAACAGAAGCAUCACAGCGCGCACCGACGCCUGCCGAAGCAGCAGACGACGACGAUGACGACGGAUCAUCGGAAAAAGAUGACUACAUCAUUGUCUCGACCACGGCCAACUCGAAGAAAAGCAAGAACAAGCCGAAUUCGAGCGCUUGCAAGCCAGAAUCCACUGCACCGUCCAAGAAAGAGCUCAAGAAGAAACGCAAGGCCGAAGAAGCAGCAGGUGCAUUAGCGACCGACUCGACCACGUCUGCACACACCAAGAAGAGGAAGGGCAAGUUCCAAGGCGAGUUUGAUUUCUCUAGCACUCGCGACGCUUUGCAAGCGGCGGCGAGCGAGACCAAGCAGCAUGGUGCAUCGCCAAGCAACAAGCAAAGUGGCUCGAGCAGCAAACGCGAUGGUAGCAAACCGCGGACCAAGGAUCAUGAUGCGGCUGUGUUUAGACAACCCAGGGACAGGGCUCGACGCAAGACGGGGAUGGGCAGCACUAUGUAA